CAGGACGCUUGCAGACUGGCAUGGGAGACGAGAAAAAGUUGUGCUUCGCCUUAGACAAAGAAAAAAGACUUUUGCAGGUGCGAGAAAGCAGAUGGAACUUGAAGUGUGUCGCCUGUCUAGCUCUAGCUCCGUCCCCGACGGAAGCGGAGACAGAGAGAGAGGAAGGAGACAGGAGACCUACAGACCAUGGUCCACAGAAAGAAAGAGGUUUUUCACGCGUCAAAGCGAAAGAGAAGAAGAGAUUGAAAGAGAAAGGAAGAGAAAGGCGCGACCCGUUUAAAGGGAAGUCGCGGAAACGUUCAUUCCCCAUGCCCAUCCAGUGCAUGCGAGCUCUUCGCAGAAAAAAAUUCUACUUCCAGCGCGCGGCGGUCGCUGCUGCGAACAAGCGAACGAUUUGCUUCUCUCUGUUCUCGGUCCCUGUGCCUUCUCUUGUUGUCACCUCUUCGUUUUCGAGUAUUCCUCGACUCGACAAAAAGGCGAACACAACGGGGGAGACGUCUCCUGAAGUCGUGCGUUUUUUCUAAAGAUCCACCUCGAGAGCGAGCGAGCGAGAGCGACGGGAGCUGGAGAAGAAAGCCUGUUUUCUCUCUCUCGCUUCACAGUUUCUCUGUUCCGGCUGUCCUUUCGUUGGCGAAAACUGGAGGAGUUUUCCAUGUUUUCAGAAACCAAAGGCUUUUUCUGUCUUUUGCAUGCGUGUCAUCUCUCGGCUAGUAGCUUCGCAACGUCCUCGCGGUCGGGGAGCAGGUCUCUUCUGCUCCAGUGUUCCUCUUCGUCUCUGCGGUUUCUGGGCGUCCCUUUUUCCCCGGUCCGUCUUCUCUUCUUCUCUCGCGCUACGCCGAGCUAUCCACGUCUGAACUGCACUCCUGUGCUGCAGCGUUGCCUGUCGACGAGUCAGUGCUACGCAUUUCUUGAAGUCAGUGUGACGCCCAGAACGACCUGCGAGCGGCACCUUCCGCCUGUGGUGACUCUCUCUCUUCGCUCCUGCGCGUUUCUCUCCACUCUCUGCUGCGUAUAAUGGCGGCCGCUUCAACGGCGUCGCCGCCGGCGAACCGCGACGUCAUUUCCCUCUGGCUGACUGUGCGCCUCCAUCCUGACGCUCCUCUCCCUUCGUCUCCCUUCUCUCCCUCCGCGCCGCCUUCUUCUUCUUAUCCGUUUUUUCCUGCGCGCGCGGUGGCGGACUUGGCGGAGUGUCUGGACACCCCGAACUUCAUUCCACACAUCACUCUUCUCGGGGGUGGUUUCCAGCAUCUGUCUGUGGAACAGAUCACGUCGCUGAUCGAGAAGGCAGUUGGAGGCGCCAGAGACGAGGACGCGGACUCUGCAGUUCCUCGCAGGCCGAAGAAAGUCUGGAAGCCGUUCUUCGUCCGCGUCGCGGAAGUCGAGAGCGGCGACAGGCCUUUCCAGUGUAUCUACGCGCGCAUCCGGAAACCGGGCGAGCCUGCCCCGAGCACACGGCCCUCAGGUUCUGCUUGUGGCGUCUCGGCAACUCCCGAGGCGUGCUUGGCCUCGCAGGAGUCGGCGAAACAUGCGCCAGAGCAGCCUGGGAUCCGCGAUUCGCCUGAGGACCUUUUCGAGCUGCACUCGACUCUGCGCGAGGUCCUCUACGAUGCCUUCGACUUGCCCUACCGCGGCGACAACGCCUCGUACAUGCCUCACGUGAGUCUGGUGUACGCGGAGACAGAUCAGCUGAGUCUCGAGCGGCGCGCGACGCUUGCGAAGCUGCUGAACGCAACGGCGGAAGAGCAAGAGACUCCCGAAGAGGCGGCGAACCGAACUCUUCCUGGAUCCAAAGACGCGGACGCAGAGCUGGCGCCUGCAGACACCUUCCUCGAGCGGUUCGAGCGGGCGCGCGAGCGCUUCGGGAAGACGAUUCGGGGGACGUUCGUCUCUGUUUCGUCCAUCGAAGUUGUCCAGACGUCUGUCGGAUCCUGCGCGGAUGCCGGCAGGUGGCGGAUCUUGGCGUCAGUGCCUCUAUGUCGAGACGCCUUUGAAAACGUUUGAGGAAUCGAAACUGAUCAAACUGCUCGCUCGUCGUGUCACCGCUUCGCAUCCGUUUCUGUGGCAAAUGCGGAGAAAGGCGCCAAACGUACAACGCGCGGAGAACACAAGAGAGUUCCCUGGCCGUCGCGAAACUGCUUUUCUCUCUCACACUGGCGUUCGCGGCCUGAGUGAGUGAGAGAUCUCAAGGAACGAGACCCCUUUCGAAAGAGAAGGACAAGAAGAGGAGCGACGAAAGAGAAGGAAUUCAGGGAGAAGAGAAGGAAAGAAGCGAGGAGAGAAGGAGAGGACAUAAGAGGACAGGCGAGCUUAAAGAUUUGUGUGCCAUCGUAGAAAUCGCGUCUUGUGCCUUCGCUGCAGAUCUGCGGCGAUCUCUUCAACUGUUUCAUUUUACGUCGGGUCGACUCUUAUUCGAAACGCGUUCUUAUCAAUGUGCAAAAGUGAGGGUUUGGUCAGCUGCUCAGCUGCAUGGCCAGUCAGUGUGUCGCCGGCGAGCCGGCAUAUAGGGUGACUGGCGAUCCGCGCGUCUCUGGUGCGGCGUCAGUCUGUUUUCUGUCCUGGUUUUCGUUCGUCUCUCUCUACUGUGUAGAGGACGCUGGAGCGUCUGCGGAAUGGUGAUGUGGUUUCAUUCGCAGAGGGUGCAUGCAUUUCUCUCGCUUGCCUCUUCCCCCAAACGCGUUUCCAGCACCAAACAGAGAAGUACGCGAACGAUUUACAGAGGAAAGGGAGAGAAACGGCUGUCGCGCAAGAGAGAGCUUCAUGUGUACGUCUUCCGUGCGUUUCCUUCCUGUCACUCCGGCGCGAGAAGCCGUCCGAAGUGUCUGCAGGGGCAAGCGCGGCAUGUUUCUCUUAUUCACUCUGAAUGUUCUGCACCUGGAGAAACUCGCAACUUUCGAACUUUGUCCAGAAAAGUGACGCAAGAAGUCCCAGCGGCUCCCCCUCUCUCACUGCUGCUCCACGAAACGUUUUUGGUCCUCUGCGUGGAAACAUCUCCCCGAGUCUCGCCUGCUUGCGACGAAAAACGACUAGAACCAAGGGGGGCACGAUUUCGGGUGUAUGUACACCUCAGCCCCGCGGGGCACACAGGCAGACCACUUGCGAACUCGCUUUUUUGAAAUGGAAACGAGACGCAUGCGCGACGGAUUUGAGACAGAAAAGGUGGCAAAGCGGCGCAAACGCAUGUUCUGCAGAAGACUGUAAACAGGCGAAUGCCGCGCAACAUCUCUUUGACUCUCUGCCCUCAACACGGGGUGUCCCUCCCAGCUGCAUGCACAUGCGGUGUACAUACACUCUGUUCAGCUCGACUCCAAGGCGAAAACUCAGGAUUACACUCCAAGUUGCAUAGGGGAAACGCAGAACGCAACGCUCUCACAGACGAAGCGUUUCAUUUACCGCUUCGCCAUUGUUCCCUCUAUAUUUGCUUCUGCGUAGACCGUCGCCGUCCUGACCCCAAACAGACGCCCAUUCAUAUACACACGUAAAAAUGUGUGCAUAUAUAUAUAUAUAUAUAUAUAGAUAUAGAUAUAUAGAUAUAGACAGAUAGAUAAUAAAUACAUGGCUUUACAGAUAGAUUGGCAGAUGCAGUUGUAUAUAUAUAAAGAUAUACAUUCGCAUUUGAGUGCACACAGAGAUGCCUGAAUGUCUGUAAGCGAAUAUGUACAUCUACAGAGUUCCACCGUCUGUGCAUAAAUAUGUAUAUGGGAUGAACUUGACGAUCGUCCAUGUCUCAUGACAGCAAUGGAUCUGCGAGCAGAAUAUAUUUUGAUUCAAGCACCCUGCAAGUGCAUGCGCGCCGUCCAUCCUUUUUUUCUCAUGUUCUUCGUCUUUGCUCUCCUCGACGGCCGCGGCAAGACCUCCCCCGAACUCGAGUUUUACCUGGUCGUGAAAACGAGAACUUGAAAACUCUGCACACUUGUGCCUGUGUGGCGUUAUGUCCUUCAAAACAUCGAAGGCAUACACAUGUAGGUAUGCAUUCAAAAAC